UUAAGUGCACUAAUAAUAAUCAUUGUCCAUAUGUUUUUUGGUUUAAACAUCGCUUUGCCAAAUCUUCACGAACUUUAUGGCAUGGAGGAGUUUUGGCCACUUAGUCUGGGUAAUGCCACCGAUGUGCUGCCUAUAUCCACAAAUUUAACUCAAAGGGAACGUCUGCACUGGGCCGACAAAUGUGUGCAGUUUAGGAGUAGGUGUACGAUGGCAGAGCACUGCUGCAGUAUGAAAUGCUUGAAACGUGUUUAUCGCUGCGUUACUUAAACUCCUCAAAGGGAGUUUUACAGAUAAGUUAAAGAAAAUAAAACAUAUAUUUUAUAAUUAAAAUUGUACAAUUAUAAUUAUUAUCAUUUUAUUUCCUAAAGUUCUGCUUGGUAUUUACAAUGCGUAAUAUUGUUUAGACUUCUAGCCACGCUUUUAAGGUUGUGUAAAAAGAGUAUACUCAGCGUUGUAUCACUUAUCCCUAAAAGUAUUCAACAACAUAAUAGAAACCUUACUUGUUUAUUUACAAGCAAUUUAUUUUAAAAACAAGAUAACUAGAAGAGCACUUCAUUUACUUUCGCAUUUUCACGGCGGGCUAUAUAAUACCUUAGCAAAAUAAGAUUACACGCCAAAAAAC